GGUUGUCAGUGUUUUUGUUGUUUUUUUAUAAAUUAUAAAUGUGCUCUUUGUAAUAUGUGUUUGCUUUGUGUAAAUAAACAUUAAUAAUGAGAUUCUUUUAUCAAUAGUACUCACUCCAAUUUUCUAAAGAAUUUUACAUCCCCAGAGUUUUUAUAUUAUAAAAGAGGGAGGUUAAUUUAAAUAUGACAUUGCAAAGAAUUCAGAGAUAAAUUGAGUGAUUAAAAAUAAUAUGAAUCGGGGUCAUCGAUUGAAAAGUUUUGAUGAGGCACUUCAAAACAUAAAUUUUUGGAGUGCACCUGUCAUAGAAGAAUUUUUUUUUAUCCUUUCCGAAUGCUGCUUUUCACGAAUGAAUGUAAAGAAGAAAAAUUUUAAGAUGUGAUUGAUUUUUCUGAAUGGGCUUUGACAUCUGCGAGAAAAUUCUACCAAAGAAUGACGUACCAAAAAGAAGUAAAGUUGAAAGGAAGGAAACGUUGACUCCUGAGGAACAUGACACAAAGUCAUGGUAAAAGAUUUUUUUGUCGAGAAUGGGCUUUUGCUAAAAUAAAUCACUACCUAGAAAGUCGUUGUUCUUCUAAAACUUGUGGAACCCUUAUUACUGGUGGGCCAGGAUCUGGAAAAACUGCUCUUUGUAAUGAAUUGGUAUGGCCAACUAAUACUCAAGGGAAACAAAAUUCAUUGAGCAAAAAACUUUUAGCUUAUCAUUUUUGUCAAGCUAAUGAUAUCAAAAGUCUUUCGGUGGCUUUUUUUAUUAAUAAUCUUAUUAGUCAAAUCACAGCAUCUCCUCUUAUCAGUGGAUAUAAGGAAAAAAUCAAAGAAUUGCAAAUCAGCGAAUGUGAUCCAGAUGAAGCUUUUAAAAAAGGUGUACUUUUUCCUUUACUUGAGAUAGAUCCUCCGAGGCAUCCUUGUUUUAUUCUUGUAGAUUCGCUUGACCAGUCAAUAUUAGGAGGAGAAAAAAAUGGUAUUGCUGAACUUUUAGCAAAUUAUCAUCAUCUUUUCCCUAGAUGGCUGCUACUCAUAUGUUCAUCCCGAAAGCAAAGCAAAAAUAUUACUCGCAUGUUUACUGGCUUUCGAAAAAUUAGCUUAGAUGAUUUGAGAAAAUGCCAUGUUGUAAGAGAUGUUCAGCAAUACAUUCUGUCCCGGUUGGACAAAGAAGAAGCAUUGAGACAACAUCUGAGUAGAGAAACUGCAGAAAUGCUGAAUCAAUUGCACAUUAAAAGUAAUGGUUGCUUUAUGUACCUUGAGAAAGUUUUAGAUGGUGUAAGUGAAAAUUUUAUUAUGAUAAGAGAAAUUCGUGAAAUUCCAGGAACUCUUAAUGGUUUAUAUCUAUGGUUAAGUCAAAGAUUAUUCAUGAGAAAACAAUUCAGUAAAGUUCAGCCAAUCUUAAAUGUAAUUCUUGCUUCUAGGAAACCUUUAACUGAAGAAGUUUUAUACCAGUGUGUUUGGACUAGAAAUACAAAUUUAUCCUAUGAAGAAUAUCAAAAACGUUUAAGUUUACUUUCUAAAGUUGUAAUUAAAGGAAGAGGCGGUACAAAAAUUCUUUUUCAUCAUAGUUUUGCUGAAUGGCUGCUAGAUGUUAAACAUUGCACUCAGAAAUAUCUUUGUAAUGCAAAAGAUGGGCAUGCAAUGAUAGCUAUGCGGUAUACAAUAGCUUCUUCCCAGUUAACACCUGAGGAAAUUUCAGACUUUGCUUUGCACUUGAGUAAAAUAUCUCUGAGUGCUUCAUUGCAGCCUCAUCAUAUAACCUUGUGGUUAAUGUAUUGUAAUUUACCUCUCGAAGACUUCCUAGAAAAAAAUACAUUUAAAGUACCAAUUGAUCCCCUUGAGUCUAUUGGAGCUGAUAUAGACCAAGUAGAUAGUAACCAACGUACCUUACUACACCGUGCUUCACAUGAAGGAAUGGAUAGUCUUGUAUCAAGGCUUAUCGAAAAAGGAUCUAAUUUAGAGAAGACUGAUAAAAAUGGCCAAUCACCCAUUAACCUCGCUGCUAGACAAGGACAUAGCUGUAUUGUUGAAAUGUUGCUAAAAGCUGGUGCAAAUGCUGAUCACGCUGAUAAUGAUGGCUGGACUCCACUCAGAUCAUCAGCUUGGGCUGGACAUACUGAAGUUGUAAAUGUCCUUCUUGAAAAUGGUGCUGAUGUAGAUCUUUCAGACUCCGAUCAUCGGACAGCACUUCGAGCUGCAGCAUGGGGUGGCCACGAAGAGAUUGUGUCCCGCCUCUUGUCCUAUGGAGCUUGUGUUAAUAAAGUGGAUAACGAAGGACGUACAGCUCUUAUUGCAGCUGCUUAUAUGGGACAUGUUGAAAUUGUUCUACAAUUACUUGAGCACAAGGCUGAAAUCAAUCACGAGGACAGUGAUGGACGAACUGCCCUCUCAGUUGCCGCCCUCUGUGAUUCUGAAGGACAUGCCAAAGUGGUGAGCUUACUCUUGGAGAGGGGUGCUGAAGUAGAUCAUCGAGACAAAGAUGGAAUGACUCCUUUGCUUGUAGCUGCCUUUGAAGGACACACUCGGGUAUGUGAAUUAUUGUUAGAAAAUGAAGCUGAUGUUGAUCAUAGUGAUAAUAAUGGGAGAACACCAUUAGUUGCAGCUGCAUCCAUGGGACAUCCAGCAGUUGUUAAUUUGCUGUUGUUUUGGGGAGCUGCUGUAGACACAAUAGAUGCUGAAGGUCGAACUGUCCUUUCUAUUGCUGCUGCUCAGGGAAAUCCAAAAAGUGUUCGGCAACUCUUAGAUCGUGGAUUGGAUGAAAUGCACAGGGAUAAUGGUGGCUGGACACCUUUGCAUUAUGCAGCCUUUGAGGGCCAUAUAGAAGCUUGUGACUUACUUCUCGAAGCUGGUGCCAAAAUAACUGAAAUUGAUAAUGAUGGUAGAGUGCCUUUGAUCUUGGCUGCUCAAGAAGGUCAUACCAAAUUAAUUGAAACUCUUCUUCAUCAUACUCCUUCAAUUGUUGACUCUAGAGCUCAUGAUGGGAAAACUGCUUUCAGAAUAGCAACUUUAGAAGGACAUAAAGAUACAGUUAAACUUCUCAUAAAUCAUGGAGCUAACAUUAAUUACAAAGAUGCAGAUGGUCGAUCAACACUAUAUCUGUUAGCGCUAGAGAACCGUACUGACAUGGGAGAAUUUUUACUUGCAGGAGGAGCUGAUGUUGAAGCACGUGAUUUGGAAGGACGCACUGCCCUGCAUGUAUCAGCUUGGCAAGGACAUACUGAUAUGGUUGAACUCCUCCUAAAUCAUGGAGCAGAUGUGAAUGCAGUUGAUAAUGAUUACAGAACAGCUCUGCAGUCUGCAGCAUGGCAAGGCCAUGUAUCUGUGGUAAGACUUAUUUUAGAACGAAAUGCUAUUGUGGACCAUGUUUGUAAUCAAGGUGCUACAGCUCUUUGCAUAGCUGCACAGGAAGGGCAUCUUGAGGUUGUUAAAGUAUUAUUAGAGUAUGGGGCAGAUCCCAAUCAUGUUGAUCAAUUUGGACGAAACCCAAUACGUGUUGCAACAAAGGGUGGCCAUAGCAGUGUCAUACAUUUACUUGAAGAAUACAUACAAGAAUCUGCUUCUGAAUGUUCAUCUCACUCUACUGCAGAAACAAAGCCAUGCAGUGCUAUAUUGUGCCCUCCUCUUGAAUCACCAGAAGAUAAGAGACGCUCAUUUAUUUCAAAUCAGUCUUCUUCAAGUAAUCUCACUAAUUCUACAAACAAUUCUAAAAUAGAAAUAACUUUUACUCAACAGCUACAACAAUGCACGAGAAAUAGAAAUCGUAUUAGUAGACUGCUUUCACCUCUGAGUGAGCCACAAAAUGAUCAGUGCUGUGUGAUUCCGAGGGAACCACGUACUCGAAGGAAUGGAAUUGUAACUAAUCCCAAUUACAAGGGGAACAAUAAAAGUAGCCCAAUUAAUAACCAUUCUCAGUAUGAAGAAUCUCUGCCUUUAAAAAAAGAAACGCAUUUAUGAACAUUUUUAUACAGCUUUAAUGCAUAGAUCGCUUCUGUGUCUUUUUAAUAAAAUGCUUCUUGCAAUAGAAUGCAACCAUAA